UCUGGUUCCCUGGGUCUGUUGCGCCCGCGAUAACGCUCCGACACUGAGCGUUAGCAGAGGCGCAACAGACCCAGGGAACCAGGCUGAGGACACAGCUAUUUCCAGCCAGACAGAACCUACGUGAUGGCGAACUUCGCAGGCCGAGUUGUACUUAUUACAGGAGCGAGUGCCGGGCUUGGAGAGGGGACGGCAUUGCAUUUUGCCAAACAAGGAGCCAAACUCGCGUUAACGGGACGAGAGAAGACGAGACUGGACGAUGUCGCUAAGCGAUGUUCUGAGUGCGGGAUACCUGCCGAUAACAUUCGGACCCAUUGCGGUGACCUGACUGACGCGGCGUUUAGGAAGGCCACCAUUGAAAAGACAGUCGCCAAGUUUGCCAGACUCGACGUACUGGUAAACAACGCGGGUUUGGUUUUCCCUGGGGAGUCCAUGGGAAUGUCGGAGCCCCAGUACGAUCAGACGAUGGACCUCAACAUGAAGGUGCCCUUCCUUAUGUCACAACUCGCAGUCCCCCACUUGGAGAAGACGCAGGGGAACAUUGUAAACAUUUCAAGUCUUUUCGGUGCCAGGGCGAUGGCGAUGACUGGAAUCUACUGCGUCAGCAAGGCUGCCCUUGACAUGUUCACGCAGUGCCUGGCUUUGGAGCUCGCGCCCAAGAAAGUUCGGGUGAAUUCUGUGAACCCCGGCACUGUGGCGACACCGAUCUUCGGACGAGAGGGCUCUGUCCUCCAUGGCAAAGACGACGAGAUAAAGAAGUUCUUGGAGGAACAAGCGAAUGCCACCCCCCUUGGCAGAUUGGGCACCCCCCAAGAUGUGGCUGGGGCUAUUGGCUACCUUGCCUCCGACGCUGCGAGCUAUGUGACGGGACAGAUUCUGUUAGUCGAUGGGGGCCGAAGCUGUACCUUCAAGUGAAGAUCCGGGUUCUCCACUCGAAGCAGAGGACUCAUCACCGAAAUUCAGCAUAGACAAUACAGUUCUUCCUUCUAAGAUUGGUUUGUUCGGAAAAAAUGCUUAUGUGAUCAAAACGAUGAGUGGCAAAUUGUCACAUCAAAUUCCUUGAUAUGAGGUUGCUUUUUAAGAGUUGUAGCUUCUGCCACUAAAUAGGUAUAUCACGCAGUUAUGGCAGGUUGAUCUGGAAGAUUGUUGUCUUAUAUAGAUAUCACAUCAGCCUGUUGUCAACAACUUUAUUAGAGAGGCAUGUGGCUGGCACAUAACUGUUUUAUCAUAUUACUAUAACAUUUAUCCGUGAUAUGAGGCAAGGGCGUGAAAACAUGUAUAUCACACGCCAAUGAUCAUACGUAUGCAAAUUAGAUAACUCGAAAUAGAACUAUAUUAUUUCUGUGAGAGCAUAUGGUUCGAAACAGAGGUAUGAACAAAGGACACAAAAUAGUUCUUGUCACCGUUCUUAAAACUAUACUGCAAAACUCUGUUCAAAUAUUGUUUAAGUAGCCGAGGAACAGUUUUUUUCAGUGAGUGAAUAUGUCCUGCAGAAGAUACCAGGUCGAUCAUUUUGAUUCCAUGGCAAUGGAAAAUGUGUAUCACUGCGCACGACAUAUACGAAUAAUUUCGACUAGUUUUUGAUAAUAAUUUCGAUGCAUUUAUUUGUUGAAAAGGACAAAGUAAUGUUAAAAUAAUAUAUUGAAAUCAUCACGAGUGUUUUUUUAAGUGAGAAAUGUGAGGAUUGUAUGCCGGAUUAUUGAAAAUGGCCUCAAUUGUUAAAGUCAUGCAACAUUACCAUUUUUUGCCACGUUUGAUUCUCUGAAUAAACUACAGGUUUUCGUU